AUGUCUGUGGUUUCCGGCUGGCCGCCUGGCGCAGACCCGAGAGUGACGGUCGUUUCAACCUUCGUCUUUGUUGGUUGUCAGCCAGCCAGAGAAUUCGAGGGUUCAACUAUCGAAGAGAUGGAGAGCCACUACCUGCAAUGGUGCCUAUAUGGUCUCAUGCCAGAAUACCUCCAAUACCAACCAUGGCAGCUAGAAGCUGGCCGGAGUAGGAGCCUGCUUUGGAAUGGUUUAGCUGCUGACCUACGGCGGCCGGACCAUCCCCUUCCCGUCCGCCCGGCGAAGACGUCAAAGGAAACCCACAAUAGAGAAUUCGAGGUUGAAAGACAACAGUUUGAGCAUAGGUGGAUUCGAGUCUCCGUAGUUAGUCUGACUGGCUCAUACCUAUUGUCGCCCUCCAAGAUUGGUCCGACCAUUCAGGACGAUCUUCUCUUCGGCCCAGUGUCUCUACCCUGCCUGGCACUGUUGAAGUCUGUUCCCCUCCGCUAUCUGGACGCGUCUAGUACCCCGAAAGACACUAUCUUUAGACCCGCGCUGCAUUACCUAAGGCAAGGUACCCACGGCGCUCGUCCCUCCAACUGGCCAAGCCCAGCUCUCUCGCACCUGGCGUUUUUACCUGGUGCCCCUGUCCACGUCCGCCUCCACGUACGGCCGUCCUCCUUUCUUCAGCUGCCAUUGAUCUACCCGCCCCUUUCAUGUCCUAUCCUUCGCCUUUACAUCUGCGUGCAAUCUAUCCUGAAUUGUCAAAUUCUUGGAGAUAAUCCCGCUGGUCCCACCUUCCAUCUACCUCGUCUCCUACUCCUCCAUCUUCUCAUCCCCUACCUCGACGACCAACGCGAAGCAGACGACGACGACGACGACGACUACGAUCGAGACAGCGAUAGUAGCGAGUCCCACACACAAGACAGGCCAACGGUUUUUGCCUCUGGCAAUUACCAUAACCAAUCUCUCUCGCAACUCUUGCCCACUCGCUUGCCCAUGAAUCUCACGAAUUGCUCCGAGCUCCCAGCCCUAGACCUACCGAAUCCCAUCCGCCAAUCUUCCCGGGAAUACUAG